AUGUCCUCCUCCCUUGUAAACCUUGACGCACCCCGCUGGGACCAGAGGACUUACGCUGGGCGUGUCCAGCACUUUUUUGCAACCACAAACCCGUUCAAUGUAUUGGCUAGUGACGCUGACCUUGAUGCUGCCAAGAAACUCGUGGACGAAUACAAGGCCGGUGAGCAUCCAGACAUGAGUGUGGACAAAAUCUGGCGUGCAAAGCAGCUCGUAGACAGCGCUUUUCACCCCGACACGGGUGAGAAGAACAUGCUCAUUGGUCGUAUGGCUUUCCAAGUACCGGGCAAUAUGGUCAUUACUGGCUGCAUGAUGACGUUUUAUCGCUCGACACCCGCUGUCGUCUUUUGGCAGUUUAUGAACCAGACCUUUAAUUCGAUCGUCAAUUAUACCAACCGCAAUGCCAGUACAGGUGUGAGUCAAGAGCAGCUAUUGCAGGCCUACGUGGCUGCUAGUACGGCCUCUGUAGCCACGGCAUUGGGUCUUAACCGGUGGGUCGCUAAACGUCCCAAGCUCAGCAAUGGCAUCGUCGGUCGUCUCGUGCCCCUCGUGGCUGUGGCUGCUGCCAAUUGCGUCAACAUCCCGUUGAUGCGACAGCGUGAACUGUUGGGCGGUAUUGAAGUAGAGACUGCAGAUGGAGAAAAGGUGGGCAAGAGCAAGCGUGCGGCAGUUGAGGCCGUGGCGCAGGUCGUGCCUUCCCGUAUUCUCAUGGCUGCACCUGGCAUGUUCUUCCCUCCUGUUAUUAUGAACAAGUUGGAGCAACGUCCAUUUUUUCGCAACAACAAGGUGGUGAAUGCUUUGACAAUGGUGGGACUUACCGGAGGGUGUCUUAUUUUUUCGACGCCACUGUGCUGCGCACUGUUUCCACAGCGUAGCUCCAUGGCUGUAUCUUCGCUUGAGCCGGAACUGCAGGAAUCUGUGCGUCAGCGCACGUUCAAGCAGCACUCGGCAAGUGCGGACCCUAUCACGCACGUCUUUUACAACAAAGGUCUGUGA